ACAUUAAAGAUCUUUGUCUGGGCCAAAUUCUCACAAGAACGCUGGCUGAGGGACUCCCGUCCUUUGCGUUUGUUCCAUUGGUUCUGUGUUGUGGCUUUUCUCUUCCAAAGUGAAGGUGUCCUCUUGAUCAAGGACUCUUUUGCGAGGCAAGAGCAGGUUGAGGGUUAGCGUGUGCAGGCUUGACCCUACAAAACAGGCAAGACCAUCCCAUGAUCGCUCAGAUAUCAAGACCACCUUGGGCAGGUGGAAAGAACCAGGCCUGCACAAAUUUGGGACCAGUUCCGGUUUUCGUUUGUUUUGCUUUCUUUCUUCUCGUCGCCAUCUCCAGACCCAGAUGGGUGCCUUAUUCUUUUGCUUCCAAUACUCCUCAAGCACUAUCCUGUUCCGUUUUGCAUACAGAGAAUUUCUAUAACUCUCAAGAUGCCCCUCCCUUACUUCGCUUCGCCCGACAGGGUAAUGCGCGCCGCUCAGAGGUUGGAAACACUGGUUGAGAUCAUGAGGGAGCACCGCCUUGAAUUUGUUGCUAUCCAACACGCUGCCCAGCUUUAUGUCAGGUGGGUCAAGGCCUAUGACCGACAAAAUCUUGAUCCAGAAGACGAUGAUGAUGAUUGGGCCGUGGACUGGGAGCAUCCGAUGGAAGAAAAUGAUGUCGGCACACUUUUGGCACUGGCUCUGGGCGAGAUGGGCGUAGCACGCAGAUUGCUCGACGUAAGAGGGACGUCAUUAGAACCGCCUGGAUUGGAUAGAAUACUGGAAGAUUGCUUGAGAAGGCUGUACGUGUUACUCUACGACCUUAUCUACUGGGACUUUGGAGGUGCCGUCGGACAGCUCGCCCCUGCCACUCCCGGAGCGCUUCUCGAGAAACCAAAGGACGAUGAAUGGGUUUUGCGGGAACUCCCGGAUGCCGCCGACACCGGAGACUCUACCGAUAAGCCCCCUGACCAGUCUAAUGACAAGCCCUCUGACGAGGCCACCGAUGAAUCGACCAAAAAGUCUAUCGACAAGUCGGCCAAAGGCUCCAUUAACGAAUCCACCAAUGAGUCCUCCGACAAAUCCUCCAGUGAGUCCAGCAAAGCCGACCCAAAGGAGGGUAACGCAUCGGAAGUCAUAGACCCAAAGUUCUACGCAGCAGCCAAAUCACUGCAACACCUCUGCGAGCAAGAAUUCCACGAUUUGAGCAAGGAAUACUACAUACACCCAACCGUCAAGAAGCUGUUAGAAUUUCAUUGGAACAUGCGCUCUCGCAAAGGGAAGAAGAAGGCCGACCCUCGCUUUCCAUAUGCAGCCGAACAGCGUUUCAUGACGGUAGAUGGCGUAUCGGAAUUCAUAGACCCUGAAUUUCUCCCAGCACCACCACCUCCUGAACCUCUGAGCAAAUUGGAAUUUCUGGACUUGGUCAACGAAAGAACGACGAAGCGUGAGCCUGGGGAAAGACCGUUCAAAAGGCCGAUAAGUCUCAGGACCGCUGAGCUCUAUGGAAUUCCGCGUAAAACUUACGAUAGCGAGCAGCCUGCCGUAAUGUUGAGGCGCCGCCAGCGCCCCGAACAAUCUCUUCCAGCCCAAACUACAACGACCGUCGGUCCCUCAAAGACUGCUGAGUCCGCAAAACCAGCCGGAGUUGCAAAUGCACCUGGACCGGUACAACGCCCCAGAACACCUCUGCCCACCGGAACCCCAACGACCGCCAGCCCCUCGAAGACUGCCGAAUCACCGAAAAAGCCUGCUGAAUCCGCAAGUCUUAGUAAAGUUUUUCGGUUCAUAGGAGUUUCGCCGGGCUCUAAACCCUCUCAGAACACCGGAUUCUUAGGGCCCACCAGAUUUUUGGCGACCCCCAAAUCCCAUACGAUCGCUGAAUCCUCCAAGACCGCUGAAUCGAGAAAGCCCGCUAAUGCGUGGCAGACACCCGAGUAUUUGAGAUCUUUGGAUGAUUUAUGGAGACCCGCCAGAGUCGCAACUGUUCCUCGAACCUCUCAGCCUGCUGGAGCUUCUCAAAACUCGCCCGCUGAGUCGCCCAAGUCAACCGGACUCUUGGAACCUGCCGAGAUUAUUCCAUCCUCCAAUAUUCAGCAGCCUGCAGAAUCCCCAAAGACGGCCGCUGAAUCCCCUGAGCUCACUGGAGUCUCUCGGGCAAUCGGAAUCCCAAGCCCGCCCGAAGUUGAGAAGCCCGCCGAGUCCCCCAGGUCAGCCCAACUUUUGGAACCUGCUGAAAUCUUUUCGCCCCUCGACAUCUCUCCAACCCCCAGGGCGAAGAGCCGCUCCCCAUCAUUGACGCAGACGCCCACGAGGCUCGGGAGGCGGGAAGAAGUCGGUGGGAGUCCGGAGUCUUCGGAAUCCAAGAUGCUGAUUGACGAGGAGGAAGCCGAGAGUCAGUUGGCUGAGACACCUUCCUCUUCUUCUGCGAAUGCAUCAAGGCAAGCUAAAAAGCGUUCCCCACCAUCGGUGGAGCGUCCCAAGCAAGUCAAGAAGCGCCGAGAGGUUAGAGGUAGUGAGCCUCCGGAGUUCCCGGAAUUCGAGAGGCGAGAGAGUGGGGAGGAGAGCGAAGUGUCGGAUGAUGAGGAAGAAGACGAGAAGCCGUUGGCUGAGUCGUCGUCGUCUUCUUCUGCAACGACAUAUGGGAAGAGGAGUGAAUGGAAGGGCAAAGGAAAGGAGUAA